AUGCCGGCUGAAGAUCUCGCUAUCUCUGAUCCGAGCCAGUAUGGGGAUAUGGCCAAUAUCUCGUCCCCUCCAGAUGACGCUGGUUCGGACUUGAAGUUGCUGAUCCAAUUUUUCGACUGCAGAGCCGCGCGGUCAAUGCGAGAGGCUCAGAAGAAGACAGUCACGGGAUUGGUCGUGAAUGACCCUGGCUCCGCCUCAACUGUGUCUAGCAGUUUACUGGGGGCUGAUUUUGGUGUCACUCGUCUCGCUGAAACAACUCCUUCCCCGGUGCUCUUGGACACCAUAUCUCGAAUGCCAUCGUUAUCACCAACACCUGUUACGAGGGCGUCCUCGGGACCAACUUUUUGCACUACUUUCCUUGACUCAGCUGAUGCUGGCCGUGGUGACUACAGCAUCGACCCUGAUUGCUGUUGGGCUGAUUUGCGCACGACAGUGAUGAUCAAAAAUAUACCGAAUAAGCUCACUCAGCAACGGAUGUUGAAGAUGAUUGAUGAUGUAUCAGCUCAGAGUUAUGAUUUUUUCUAUCUUCCCAUUGACCUGCGCAAUCGCUGCAAUGUUGGGUAUGCAUUUAUUAACUUUAUAGAACCGACACGCAUCGUGCCAUUCUAUAGAGCAUUCCAUGGCACUGGUUGGAAAAAUUUCAACAAUUCCAAGAAAAUAUGUGACCUAAGCUAUGCCAGAAUCCAAGGCAAAGAGGCCCUCAUGCAACACUUCAGCUCAGCAACUCUACCGAAGAAUCCUGCAAUGCGACCACUGUUCAGGGUCGGUCAAAGUCUGCAACCUCUCCGUGUGCCAGGAGAGACUACUAGAUAUGCGAGCUGUGUGGUUGGUAUGGAACCAUCAUCGUCCUCUAUCUCUUUGGGUGGUCUUCUACCGGUGCCCACCAGGGCCCGAACGUUGCCUGUUGGACAGCGACUGCAUCAAUGGUGA